AUCAGAGGACCGAAAUACACUAUAAAUUGUAUUUAUCUGUCGAUCAGUCCACGAUAUCUGAAGUGGGGGAAAGAGCGAUUGACAACGAAAGAAUUUAAAGAAGUUUACUGAGCUUGAAAUACAGAAAACAGGAUGAAAGUAUUCACAGCGUUAUUACUACUGGUACUGUUAGACGUCUGUAUGUGUGCCGGGGAAACUAGCAGCCGUAGUAAAGGGAAGGGUAGCAGGCACAGUGGGAGUUCAAGUGAAGAGGAGAAAUGUAUUCCAAGAAAUCGAAGAGAAAGCACACAGGGUAACUUCACAUCGCAGGUGACGUUUUCAGGGAUUGUUGAUUCUAAAGGCUCUCCAUAUAACUUUACACUUGAACAAGGCCUACUAGAACCCUGGAAGAUGGUAGAUCCAGAUGUCAAGACUGAGGCAGAUGUUAUCGCAGAAGGUCGGGAAUUUGUUGCGUAUGUUAAACAAAGGUUUAACGUCGAUAUAAGCACACUAACUGACGAUGAACUACUUAUGGGAUCGCAAAGGACCUUUGGAAAAUUAUCCUUUUUUGGAUACCUGAUAGAUGCUGAUGUAAGACUCAUUUCCAAAACAACCCCUUCGCAACAAGUGAAUUACUACAGCAAUACAAAAUACAAAGGUCUUGGAUAUGCUCUUUUUGCAGUCGAUGAUGUUUUUCUCACAGGAGGAGAAUAUACUGGACUUAUGCCAAAUCAGUCAGUAAUCUAUGCGGAAAUUGCAAGAAUAGACAGCAAUGAAUGUGACUUUGAUGAGCAGCUACACAUAAUUAAAACACGCCCACUGGGCAGUCACCCUGCUAAAAUGGUAAAUGGUGUAUACGUUGGAGCCAACACAUGGGAGGCGGAAGUCUGGUCUAGUAUUUAUGGUCAUGGUGUGCAAUACUCCGUCGAUAUGCAUGGAGUUUACGUUUAUGCCUUCGUUAACAUAUUCAGCAACCCAUGAUUGUAUGUUAUGAUGUACUUGUUCAACGUCAUUUGCAACAAUAAAUGUUACAACUGUAACUUA